CCCCACCCCUCCCUAAGAAUUUAUUUAGAUUCCUUGUCGCCGGUUCACAACUCGAUUUUAUUUCCGCAUAGAUAUCAUAAACGAAAUAAACCCACCCCUUAUGGCAAUAAUACACAUACAACUAUAGUCAUGAGAGCUCUCCGGUGAAGCUCCAUGCCGGCUCGACACCUUAGGUUACUAAUUAUAUGUGAUCUCAAUGCUUGGAUGCGCUUAUCGAGCUCCUUUCGUUGAGACUUAGACCGUGCGAUUUAUAUAGCCGAGGAUUAACUUAAGAGUUGGCUACAUGCGAUCGACAAAAUGGAGAGCAUCAACAUUUGUGUUAUAGGGGCCAACGGAGUCGGCAAGUCCCACUUCAUACAAAGGGCGAUGUCCUUACCACGCGUUCCGGGUCCCAAUCCCACAACCGCACGCAUUAAUAUCGAUAAUGUUCCUUACGCCGUUACUCUAUUUGAGUUGGAUCUCGAGUACUUCGACGUAGAUCCUGAUCGGCAAAUUAAGUGGCCGAAACAGAUGGGCGGUGCAAUUGUACCUCGAGUAAAUGGUGUUCUACUCUUAUACGACGUGAUGAAUAGAGAGAGCAUCAUAGAGUUACCUCAAACCCUAAAUGCACUCGUGAAUUCGUCAUUGCCAGCAGUCCUGGUCGCGACGAAGUGCGAUAACCCGGACAAUUCAAGACACAUUGACACAGAGGCAGUUGCUGCGGCAUGUCAAUCGUGUCUUGCAACUUUUAAAACGUCUGCAAAUAAACCAGAGAGCGCGAGGAUAGCUUUAUCUACGCUUCUAAAGGCAUUAGUGUUGCGGAGCCUAGAGGCGGAGGGUACGGACGGGAUAGGUUCAAGACGCAGAGCAGCUUCGGCUGCGCAUCUUGAUACCCAACUAGAAUCAUCAAACGCCCGGCCCUUAAGCCAACAUAGCAAGCACAGCCGCGCUAGUUCGGAUAUGUCAUUGCUUCGAGGUUUUCCAAGCCAGCCAGGAACGGAUUAUCGCACUGCAAGAUCACCUCGUGUUGAUUAUACGGGAAGCCAUGUCACCGGCCAGUUUCCAGACAAUUCGGAAGAUGAUCCAAACCAAACCGUUUCUAGCAUGCUCCGCACAACGGGAAUCAGGCUAGAUCGUUCCCAGAAUGCUGCUUCGUUCUUGGACAUCGAGGAUUCAGAUGCGGAUUCGAUGAGAUAUUCUGACGAUAUACCUUUACUACAGCGAAGCGAUGAAUCGGUAUUUGAGAGGCCGGCAAAGAAGCUCGGUGUUACUUUCGACGAAUUAGUAGAACGCCUUGUUGCCCCUAAGAUGUCUAGAGCAGACAACAAUUUCUUAGAUAUAUUCCUAUGUUUAUAUCGCAAAUUCUCAACACCUGGAUACCUCUUUUCGUCACUCCUAUCCCGGCUGGACCGUAUCAAGGACGAUAAGUCUGUCCAUUAUCUUACUAAGACGGCUACGCAACUUCGAAUUAUUGAAGUGAUUGCGAAGUGGGUCGCGACUUAUCCUGGAGACUUUGCGCGGCCUGGGACAAAAAGAAAGUUAGAGGAUUUUGUGAGACACUUAUCUACAGAACCAAUAUUUUCUAUAGCUGCGCAACAAAUGCGCAGAACGCUAGAGUAUGCCGUGAUUGAGGCCGACGACACGGGCUGGGAAAAAUCCGACAGCGCCGAGGAUAUCAUAGCAGACGAAAGUGAGCUGGCUGCGAAAGAUGCUUCAAGGCGUUUUGGCGACCUAUCGGAAAGCAUGAGCUCUCUCGGUGUUGAUGAGCCGAUCGAGCGACGACCUUCGGCUAGCUCAUCUUUGCAGACGGAUUCUGGGACUGCUGGAAAGAUCCAUUCAUUCCAAUUCCAUUCGUACGAGGAUUAUGAACGAGAGGCGGCGACGAUGGUGCCCACAUAUACAUUGCCCCUAACCAAAUUCCGAUAUCACAUAUUCAUGGACACGCAAAAUGACGAUAUCGCGGAUGAGAUGACGCGCAUCGACUGGGUCAUGUUUUCUUCGAUUAGGAUACGUGACUUGGUUCGGCACGUUAGCUUAUCUACCGAACAGAAGGAAAAAUGUAGGGCUAUGAAGAAUGUAAACCGCAUGAUCGCCCAUUUCAACCACAUCGCUGUCUGGGUUUCCAAUCUAGUCCUCAUGCGAGACAAAGCCAAGCAUCGCGCCCAGAUGCUGGAGAAGUUCAUGAAUAUCGCCCUGAAGCUAAGACAGCUAAACAACUACAACGGUCUCGCAGCCGUGCUUGCCGGCAUCAACGGAACGGCCAUCCAUCGUCUCGGCCAGACUAGAGCGCUUGUGCCAGCAGAUGUUCAAAAGCGGUUUGCGAGGUUAGUACUUCUAAUGGGCACGCAGAAGAGCCACUUCGCCUAUCGACUCGCCUGGGAAAACUCGCCAUUGCCGCGCAUCCCUUUCAUCCCGUUACAUCGUAGAGAUCUCGUCUCUGCCGAAGAAGGUAGCAUGACGCUGGUGGGGCCCCAAGGGGAUCGAAUAAACUGGAAGAAAUUCGAGAUUCUUGGAGAAAUUCUCCUGCCUAUCAUGAAGAGCCAGGGCACCCCAUAUCCAAACCUAUCCAAGCACGACACGGCGAGGGAACUUAUUCUAGACUGUUUGAUGCCUACGGACGAAGAGGAUAUCUAUCAACGCAGCAUUCAGGUAGAAUCUCCUAGCGGUGGCCCUAUAGAUACUGGGAAAAAGAAAUUCCCCUGGUUUGCGAAGUCAUAACGACCACGUUCAUUUUCACUUACGUUCGAUAAGGGAUAAAUUUAACAGCCAAUACUAAGGAGGAAUGCUUAUCGGAUCAACGCCGGAGUUGGUGUUAGGCGGGCGACAGUUAAACUCCGACCCCUGUUUCCGAAUAUGACUUUUUGGAGGGCAAAGGUAGAUUCGACCGGAUGGUAUACGACGGAUGACUUUGGUUUUCAUUUUGGCGAUUUCCGAUUUUCCAGCUUUGCAGCUAUGUUUAUCAACGAAGAGCCAGUUGGCAGGGGCUUAGGGCUUCUGGGCUAUUCUUUUUAUUUUCGUAGAAUUAGCUCCGUUGCCGCGAUUUAUUUGGCGUCCAUUCUGUUUUGGUGGAAACGAUUCCAACCACGGCAAGUAAUGUACGGAUCUCAUCUCGUUGGCGUUCGAUACACUAUUGAUAUACAUACGAGGUAUAGAGAGGGUGUAAGGUAGCAGUACAUAUACCUAAGCAUGUGCUUACAUGUAUGUGCUUGCUCAGGGAUGUAUACCUGCCUAAUGAUGUCAUCACACCCAAUAUGCCCAAUACACCCCGCACAUGCUUUUAUUUCCCCU